UCGACUCUCCUCACACCCUCUGCGAUGUAUAGAUAUUCCCCCCCCAUGUACGCUCCGGUGUUAUAGCCGCACUGCCACGUCAUCACGAGGCCGCGGACCCUCUGCGAUUGCUGAUACACGAUGUUUAAUCGAUUUAAGUUUUCUAAAAGAGGGCACUCUCCUGCGCCUCCCGGUGGCCCAUCGCGACCCUCGACCUCUGUUCCCAACCUCCAGAUCACUACUGCUCCAACUGAAAGUGAUGCAACAACUAGCACAGAUCAUGGCGGAUCUGAUAGACCCCGUCUUAAGCCUCUUACUACUAGCGGUAGUUCUCGAGGCCGGAAGCAGCGGUGGUCUGCUCGGCACUCUAUAGCUAAGCUGUUGAGCAGAAGCCCCAGUCCCGAUCCCACUCAUGUCGACCAAUCGAAGUCUUUCGAUCCCAGACAAUCUGACCCCUCUACGCACAAUCUGCCAUCCCGUGGUCUAUCGCCAUCUCGCGUUCUCCUUGAGGGGGGCAUGGAUAUCACACACGUGAUGCCCAGUGAGCGCAUCGUCCAUGGAAACACUGGGACUCUCCACCCACCACUAGGACACAUAGGCGUGAAAUCAGAUACCCCGUCGUCAAUAGAUCGAACAUCGUCUUCUUCAGUUGUCCCUCCUGGUGGCGGGAAGAAAACAAUCAUCGUCGCCUCAAGGCUCAUCCUCCAAACCGCCGCCUCUGCUCUUAAGUUAGCCCCCAUUCCGAAUCUCGAUCAAAUACCAAAAAUACUCCUAUCGUGGCUCCAAGUUUAUGAGGUUCGCAGGGCGUCGCGAUUUUGCGAUCUAAUAAUAUAAGGCAACCUCACGUUUUCAUACAGACCUUCGACAACAAUGACGAAAAUCUUAAGGGAUUAGACGAUGAAGUUCGAAGCGCUCACGAAACGAUCUUUAGGCCUCUCCAGUUAUGGUCUGGCCAGGUUCCUCCUGAAAUCCGCGAGCUAAUCCAACAAUUUCACUUGGCCCUAAGACAGC